UAGGAUCAUGAAGCACAGUCCCAACUCGCCAUACACCCUCACCCAACUUGACACUAUCGUGAACCUACCCAAUCUCCAAUCUCACACUGCAAAUACUUCAUCCGGUUCUUCCCUUCUCGCUUUCUUCCGAGCCGUCAUAUCGCGAGCCAUUGGUCCAACAAAACCCGGGCGCUUACAGACCUCCAGAUACCCAACAUCCACCCUAUACAAAGAACCCUCACAUUAGCCGCCGAGCAGCGUCAGAGACAACCAUGCACUUAAAGCAAGCCAUCUCCAUCUCCAGGAUGAAUCUCAUCGCCGUGCGACCCGUCAAACAUCCAGCGCCACGGGCUAUCUGCCACCUAUCCUACUGAGUCACCUUCCAAGAUAACCCCCUCUACAUCCUCCACCAUCUUGAAAGAACAAAUGUCCAACGACCUAGCCCCUCCAUUCGGCUACCCCCUCCGCCGCAACGGGUCCUGCUACGACACCGAAAACGACUGCGGCACGACCUGGGGUCCCUACCACGAAUGCUGUCCCAAGGGCGCCACCUGCGCCCCGGGAAACUGCUGCCACUCGGCCGCCGCCUGUGGCAACAUUCUCAAACUGAACCCGCAUUGCGGGAAUACUUCGGCGGUGCUGUACUACGAGAAUGAUUACUUUUGUUGCGCGAAUGGGACGGAUGCGUUCGCCUGGGUGUCGGAUGGGUUUGUGGGGUGUACGAAUGAUGUUGCGACUUUGGGGUCCGAGUUUAGUUUGUUGUCGCCGGUGUCGACGACGCAGAGUUCGGCGAGUUCUACUCCGACUGCGUCGACAACAUCACACCCCCUCAUAACUACCGCUACGGGUUCGGCUACAGCAACACGACAAACAACAACAUCCCCACCCACCGCAUCCUCCACCCCUCUCUCAUCCUCAAAAACCAACAUCCCCGCCAUCGUAGGCGGGAUCGUCGGCGGCGUCGCAGCUCUCGGUCUAAUCAUCUGUCUCGUCUGGUUUCUGCUCUUCCGUCGAGCGAGAGCCGUGCGUAGACACCAACAUCAACAACAUCAACAACAUCAACCAAAUCAACCAAUGUCCUUCCUCGGUCCACGAGCAAAGAACCACCAUCCAACCGAGUUGCAGGCUGAUCCCAACCCCCCGGUUCCGGAACUAGCGCCCAAUCCGCCCGUCUAUGAAUUGACCUCCCGACCACCGGUGUAUGAAUUGGCAUCGAGACCGCCAAUCUAUGAGUUGGGGUCGCGACCCCAAGUGUAUGAGUUGCCUGUGGGGUCGUUCGGGGAGGGGGGAAGAAUAUGAUUCUACCUUUGGGGGGUAGCUGGGUAGCUGGGGAAGAUAGUAUCUACCUGCGUGGUUUUGUUCAGGGAUGAACUUUUCUCUCUGGAUUGUAUAUAUCCGUUGUGAAUUGUCUAUACAAGAUAUACAAGAUAUCUCGCGUGCCUAGUGAAAAAU